AUGUCUCUAACAGGCCGUGUUGUUCUGGUCACCGGCGGCUCCCAAGGCAUCGGCCGGGCCAUCAUCCUCAGGGCAGCCGCAGAGGGCGCCUCUGUGGUGGUCAAUUACCUGUCGAAUGCCGACGCAGCAGAGGCACUGGUUUCGCAAAUCGGCCGUGACAGAGCCUUGGCCGUUCAAGCGGACAUUUCCAAGACCGCAGAGGCUCGCCAACUGGUCCAUACUGUUGUGGCUCGGUUUGAGAGAAUCGACAUUCUCAUCCUGAACGCCGCGAUAAUUCCCCUCCCAACCCUGGCCACGGUGACCGAAGAGCAAUUCGAUCUGGCCAUGGCAGCCAACGUCAAAGGGCCCUGCUUUCUGGUCCAGGAAGCCACCCAGUUCCUACCCCCCAAGAGCGCCAUCAUCUUCAUUUCGUCCGACGUCACCGAUGUGUCUCCUGCGCCACCCCCGAUGUUUCUUUACGCCGCCACAAAAGCGGCCUUGAAUCAGGUCAUGCGGCAUCUAUCCCAGGAACUGGCUGGCAAGGGAAUCCGAGUUAAUGCCAUCUCCCCUGGCGCGGUCGAUACCGAACUCUUCCGGAGCAAAAACACCGCCGAGACGACGCGGGUGAUUGCCCAGGCCAGUCCGUUUCAGAGAAUCGGUAUGCCGGAUGAGAUUGCUGCUGCCGUCAGUAUGCUGUGGGGUGAGCAAAGCCGGUGGAUUACAGGGCAGGUUGUAAGGGUUAAUGGAGGUUCCCUAUGAGUAGGGAUUUUUUAGACUUUUAGAACUAGUUUAGAAGAGCUCUUGUGGUAUCAUAAACAGGACCGAGAGGUCUGGUUAAUAGAAAACUUUUUCUUUUG